CUCUUAGCCCAACCGCCCCCCGCGCCCGUUUCCUUCGCCGUCUCGGGCUCCUCGGGCACCACAGCCUCAAGCGGUGCCGCCACCGCCGCCCUCAUCACAUCUACACCUACCCUGUUCCCUCAGCGCAAUGCCUUUACUGCGGUCUCGGAAGGCAGUGAUAAACAGGCACUUGGAACAGCCUCCAUGACAACGGCGGUGGGCAUUUCCUCCAACCAUACCGGUAGCCGUGGAGUGGCUGCGGAAGUUGCCGGACUUCCAGCCGGCCUUGAUGCUGGCUGUCAGGCCGCCGCUGUUCCCCUGGUGGAGAUCAUCGACUCAGCCGCUCUCAGCCUACGUCCUGUGUCCGCUGCCCCUCCGCCGCUAUGUCGCGAUCUGGUGAUCGCCUACUUUGAACGCCUUCUCUUGCUGGUGCAGUCCGCGCCGGACGGG